AUGGAUCCUCCACCAUCCUCCGAUGCAUCUCAACCCCCCUCCCUCGCAUCCCGAAUGCGCACUUACGAAGCAUCCACCGACCACAUCCUCCCCACCAACCAACCCAUCAUUCUCCGUCUCGACGGCCACGGCUUCUCACGCUUCACCUCUCGCUUCUCACGCCCCUUCGACCCACGCAUCCACACCGCCAUGACCCGCACCAGCAGCGACCUCCUCCACUUCUUCCCGCAAGCCACCCUCGCCUACACGCAAUCCGACGAAAUCACCCUCGUCUUCCCCUCCGGCGUGCAAACCUUCAACGAGCGCCUGCAGAAACUCUGCAGUCUAGCCGCGAGUUACUGUUCCGUACGCUUCAACCGCCACCUCGAGCUUGCGUUACGUGAGAUGCCCGAUCCACCCGUCAAGGGCGACACGGAGCUUGUCUUUGGCACGGCGCAUUUCGACGCGAGAUUCUUCCCCGUGCCGUCUGUGCACGAGGCCCUGAAUAAUCUCAUCUGGCGCUGUCGGAAUGAUGCGGUGAGGAAUGCCGUGUCGUCGUUUGCACGCACAUUGUACACGCCGGCUGAGUUGCAUGGGAAGAAGACGGGUGAGCUUAUUGAGCUCAUGUUGAGGGAUAAGGGGGUUAGGUAUGAGGAGGCCGUGCCGAAAUGGGCGAUUGAGGGCUGUUUGGUUAAGCGCGAGCAGUACGAGCAUCAGGGUGUGAAUGCGAAGACGGGCGAGGUGGAGAAGACAUUUCGGACGAGACCUAGGGUUGAGGAGAGAGGCGUGAGGGUCUUUGACGAGGCGGGUCUCAAGUUAAUCACGGACAAGUAUUGGUAG